AUGGAACAUGUUGAUCCGUUCCAUCCAUACAAUCAUAAUAUCGAUGAGGAUGAUAUGCUCGUGGAUAUGAUGUAUCGAUAUGUUACCGACAUAAUACCGCUAGCGCCAACUCCAAUACUGAUCAGACGUGCAGCGUUGAACAGAGAUCGUGAAGAUGAGCAUAGACGUCUAGUACACAAAUAUUUUGCGGAUAAUUGUGUCUACCAACCUAACGAUUUUAAAAGAAGGUUUCAUUUGCAGAUAAAUGUGUUUCAACGGAUAGCCAAUGUAAUGGAAAACAGGUAUGAAUAUUUCCACAUGAGGUAUGAUGCGAGAGGUAAACGAGGUUUUACAGGGUUGCAAAAAUGUGUUGCUGUAGUCACGCUUAUGGCUGUGGGGGAAUCGUCCGAUUCUGUUGAUGACUAUAUGAGAAUGUCAGAACGAACUGCACGAGAAAGUUUAUAUAGAUCGGUGAGAGGUGUUAUCAAAACAUUCGGUGACAUAUACUUGCGCAAACCUUCAUGGAAUGACAUGCAACAACUAUAUACGGCGUAUGAAGAACGACACGGUUUUCCAGGAAUGCUUGGAAGCAUUGAUUGCACAAAGUGGAUAUGGAGAAAUUGUCUUGUGGCGUGGAAAGGUCAAUACACAAGUGAUCAUCUUGGAUUGCCUUCAUUAGUAAUAGAGGCUAUUGCGUCACAAGACUUAUAG